CCAGAAAUGACUAUCAAGGAGAAACUAGUUGUGGAGAUUGUCGGAGCCCACAACCUGAUGCCGAAAGACGGCGAAGGAUCAUCGUCGCCGUUUGUCGAAGUGGAGUUCGAGAAUCAGAGACAAAGAACCUCAGUUAAGUACAAGGAUUUAAACCCAGUUUGGAAUGAGAAAUUUGUUUUCUUUGUAACAGAUUCAGCCGAUCUCCCUUAUCGGACCCUCGAAGUUAACGUCUUUAACGAGAAACGUUCUAGUAACACCAGAAACUUUCUGGGUAGAGUUAGAAUUUCAGGUUCAAGCAUUGCUAGAGAAGGUGAAGAAAUGGCUCAGCUUCAUACACUCGAAAAAAGGAGUCUUUUUUCUCAUGUUCGUGGCGAGUUGAGUUUUAAGAUGUAUUUAUCGACUAAAGAAGAAGCUAAUAAUAAUCAAGUUCUCAUCAAUGGCGGCAUCAAGAAGAACAAAAAAAUGCAGCAGCAGCAGAAUGGGUCUGUCAUGGCGGUUCCAAGGCAGCAGUUUGGGCAAACCCAAAAACAGGGUAAUCAAAAUCAACAGCAACAGCAUAUCAUGAAGCCGAUUCAACCAGGUCCAUCUGAAAUGAAGCCGAUCAUUAUCCCCGCCGUCGGUCCCGGCGGCGGAGGAGGAGGGAUGCCUGGUUCUGGUUUGAACGAGUUCUCUUUGAAGGAAACAACACCCCACCUCGGCGGCGGCGGACUUAACAAAGACAAGACAAGUGCCACCUACGACCUAGUCGAACAAAUGCAGUAUCUGUACGUUCGUGUUGUAAAAACACGUGAAAUCUCUUCCCCCGGCGGUGGCGAGCUAGUGGCGGAGGUGAAGCUCGGGAACUAUAGAGGAAUCACAAAAAGGAUCGGAACCAGUUCCGGAGGAAUUGCAGAAUGGGACCAAGUCUUUGCCUUUUCAAAGGACUGUAUCCAGUCAACAACAGUGGAGGUUUUUGUGAAACAGAGCAACAAGGAUGAUGUCAUUGGCCGGAUUUGGUUUGAUCUGAACGAGGUUCCUAAACGAGCGCCGCCGGAUUCUCAGCUGGCGCCUCAAUGGUAUAGAAUGGAGGACAAAAAAGGUGACAAAUCGAGAACCGGUGAAGUCAUGGCGUCCAUUUGGUUCGGAACUCAGGCAGACGAGGCUUUUUCCGAGGCCUGGCAUUCGAGGGCGGCUAACGUUAACUUCGAUGGACUAUGUUCAUUGAAAUCUAAGGUUUAUCUUUCUCCUAAACUCUGGUAUCUUCGAGUAAACAUAAUCGAAGCACAAGAUAUCGUAUUGGGGGAGAAAGGGUCGUCUAUUAUGCGAUACCCGGAACUAUCUGCUAAGGUUCAUGUCGGAAAUCAGGUCCUUCGUACCCGGAUAGCUCCGGUUACGACGGGUCGUGUCUUAUCUAACCCGUAUUGGAAUGAGGACUUGAUGUUUGUUGUUUCCGAACCUUUUGAGGAUUAUUUGGUGGUGUCUGUUGAGGACCGGGUUGAGGUAGCGGGUCGGGUUCUGAUUCCAGUGGGGAAUAUUGAACGUAGACUUGAUGAUAAACAGGGAAAUUCGAGAUGGUUCAAUCUAGACCAUCAAUUUAAUGGGUUAUCUGAACAGAAAGCGGGUUCUCGGUUCGGGGCAAGAAUCCAUGUUCGAGCCACUCUGGACGGCGGUUAUCAUGUGCUGGACGAGGCAACUAUGUAUGUCAGUGAUGUCCGGCCAACUGCCAAGCAGUUAUGGAAGCCUCAUAUCGGAGUCCUCGAAAUGGGUAUUUUGGGUGCGACGAAUUUGAUGCCGAUGAAGAUUAAGGAGGGGAAAGGAGGGACUACUGAUGCUUAUUGUGUGGCGAAAUACGGGCCGAAAUGGGUCCGAACUCGAACGGUUGUUGAUAGUUUGGGUCCGAAGUGGAAUGAGCAGUAUACUUGGGAGGUUUUCGACCCAUGUACGGUUAUCACGAUCGGGGUUUUUGACAAUUCUCGGGUUUCAAACACUGGUUUGGGUUUGGGGCGGGAUUCGCGAAUUGGUAAGGUUAGGAUUCGUCUGUCGACACUUGAAUCGGAUCGGGUUUAUACCCAUUCUUACCCACUUCUAAUGCUUCAUCCAUCCGGGGUCAAGAAAAUGGGAGAGCUUCAUCUAGCUAUUCGAUUCUCGUGUGCCAAUAUGGGAAAUGUGCUUAACAUGUAUUCGUCGCCACUGUUGCCGAAAAUGCAUUACUUGCAACCGUUAUCGGUUAACCAAUUGGACAGCUUGAGGUAUCAAGCCAUGAAUGUGGUGACGACUCGAUUGGGUCGUGCCGAGCCUCCCAUGGGUCGGGAGGUGGUCGAGUACAUGCUGGACCACGACUCACACAUGUGGAGUAUGAGGAAAAGCAAGGCGAACUUCUUCCGGCUGAUGAGCGUGCUAUCCGGAAUCGUCGCCAUGGGACGUGUCAUCGAAGCCAUGCGGAAUUGGAACCGUCCUAUCUACUCGUCGAUCUUCACGAUCUGCUUCAUGAUGAUGGUUUUAGUCCCGGAGAUUGUAAUCCCGUCGAUGCUGGUGGUUUUAUCGUUGGUGGGAGCUUGGAGGUACAAAUCCCGACCGAGGAACCCUCCCCACAUGGACACUAAGCUGUCGUAUGCGGAGACGGUCCACCCCGACGAGCUGGACGAGGAGUUUGACUCGUUUCCGACGAGCCGGAGUGCGGAGAUAGUUCGGAUGAGGUACGACAGGCUUAAGAGCGUGGCUGGACGAGUUCAGACUGUGAUUGGCGACCUGGCUACUCAGGGGGAGAGGUUUCACGCGAUGCUGAGUUGGAGAGAUCCCAGGGCUUCGUUUCUAUUCGUGAUGAUAACGUUGGCAGCAGCAUUCGUGUUCUUUAUGGUGCCUAUAAGGUGGAUAGUUGCGAUGUGGGGGUUGUAUUAUCUGAGGCCACCUCGGUUUAGGAGUCGCAUGCCUUCGGUUGUGGUUUGUUUCUUCAAGAGGCUGCCCACAAAGGCUGAUAGUAUGCUGUGAGUAGUACUAGUAGUAUUGAAUUGAAUUUGGAUUUGCA